GGCAUUCUGGAGGCCUCGCGCCCCACCCAGCCAUGCCCCGCCCCCAAAUCCCCCACACCAACCCCGUCAUCAUCGUAGAGAAUUAAACCGCCGUCCCCGGCAAGCAACUCCGGCGACCCUCCAACAGCUACCUCCUUCCCCCGCCGCCCCCGGAGAUCCAGGUGACCUCACUCGCCCAAUCGUUCGUACCCGCCGGGAUUCGCUCCUGCCUGCAGAGCCCUGCCGUACAGAUGGAGAGGGGGCGGGGCGGGAGGGACGGACCCUUUGGCACGGGCGACCCGUUCGCCGGAUUCGGCCGGCUGGGCGCCACGAUGCCCGACCUGUUCGGCGAGGGCAGGGACCCCUUCGACGACCCCUUCUUCACGCAGCCGUUCGGGACCUACUUUGGCCGCCCCGGCAUGUUCGGCCCGAUGGGCGGCCCUAGCCUAUUCGGCCCGGCCAUGUUGGGCGGGUUAGGGCCCGGGGACGGGUUCCUCGAGCAAGCUCCGGCGAGGAGCGGUGACGGUGGGGGGCCUGUCAUCACGGAGAUCGACGAGGAUGAAGACGGGGGCGACGGAGAGGCGAGCCGCGGGGCAUAUGUUCAGGAGCUGGAUGAUGGGAAUGAUGAUGGGAUGCAACAAGGGGGUAAGGUCCAGCUGCGGCGAGAUCCCAACAGGGCGAACGGCGGCGGCGGCCAGCCGCAGUCACACUCGUUCACGUACCGGAGCUCCACGGUGACUUACGGCGGUAUUAAUGGAGCCUACUAUACGGCCUCCAAGACCCGGAGGAGGGGCAACGAUGUGAUUACUGUCGAAGAAACCAAGGAAGCAGACACUACGACUAAAGAGGCCACUCAUAGGAUCUCCAGAGGAAUUCAUGAUAAGGUGAUACCUCAACCUUUAUAUGCAAGUGCCAAAAGAUCUCAGACAUCGAAGCUAGAUAUCAUGCAUCAAGUGAAGAAGUUAGGAUUCAUUCCAGCUUGCUGCAACCUUUAAGUGAGCCCAAUGUUUCUCCUUGUCUUAUGUUACUCCAAACAUUUUUUUUCAUUAUUCCACUGAAUACAUUUGUUUUCAAUUU